GACGUCACCGACCGGCUGUUUGACUCGGAAGCUGCAAUGUUCGAGCGAAGCGCGAGAAGCGAAAGAAAAAAAAGGUCGAUAGCGAAUUCGAAUUCCCGGUCUCGAACGGAAGUCCAGCGUUUUCCAUUUCGUCAGUGACGUGUUCCUGUCUUCACACAGCUCAAGGUCUUUGUUGUGGUCGAAGGCACACGGUUCACACAGUCUUCCGGCGUUCAAGGGUCGCUUCUUGUCUUGCUCCCAUUACGGUGUGUAAAGUAUGGAGAAUACCAAAACACCUGAACACAACGGAGCACCGACACACUACACGAACGGUCUGCUGAACGGCUUCCACCUGGUGCAGUCCAGUCCGGGCGGAGGUGGUGUUAGUGUCGGCGGUGAUGACGGUAAUGGCCCGAACUGUAGCGGUGGCCAUAAUGGUAUUGAAAAUUUCCACCAUCUUCUUCACCAUCAGGACGUCGCCCACAGCUCUCCUGCUAAACGCUGCAGACUCCGCCGGCGGAUGGACUCCGGGAGAAAACACCGGCCCCCAUUCCCGUGGUUUGGCAUGGAUAUUGGUGGCACUCUGGUGAAGCUGGUCUACUUCGAACCGAAGGACAUCACAGCCGAAGAGGAGCAGGAGGAAGUGGAGAGCCUAAAGAGCAUCCGCCGCUACCUAACCUCCAAUGUCGCCUACGGCAACAUGGGCAUCCGUGAUGUGCACCUGGAGCUGAAAAAUCUGAUCAUGUGUGGCCGCAAGGGCAACCUGCACUUCAUCCGUUUUCCCACACAUGACAUGCACAGCUUCAUCCAGAUGGGCCGUGACAAGAACUUCUCCAGUCUGCACACCACGCUGUGUGCUACUGGAGGGGGAGCCUACAAGUUUGAGGAGGAUUUCAGGACGGUGGCGAAUCUGGAGCUGCAAAAGCUGGAUGAACUGGACUGUCUGAUCCAGGGCCUGCUCUACGUCGACUCGGUCGGUUUCAACGGCCACCCGGAAUGCUACUUUUUCCAAAACCCCUCUGAUCCUGAAAACUGUGUCAAGAGGCCAUGUUGCCUUGACAAUCCCUUUCCCAUGUUGCUGGUAAACAUUGGCUCAGGGGUCAGCAUCCUGGCAGUUUACUCCAAAGACAAUUACAAACGGGUCACAGGCACCAGUUUGGGAGGGGGAACGUUUCUCGGCUUGUGCUGUCUGCUGACCGGCUGCGAGACAUUUGAGGAGGCUUUAGAAAUGGCGGCAAAAGGGGAUAGUACAAACGUCGACAAACUAGUAAAGGACAUUUAUGGUGGUGAUUAUGAGCGCUUUGGUCUUCAGGGGUCUGCUGUAGCAUCCAGUUUUGGUCACAUGAUGAGCAAGGAGAGACGUGAUAGCAUCAGCAAAGAAGACUUAGCCAGAGCUACUCUCGUCACCAUAACAAACAACAUCGGUUCCAUUGCCCGAAUGUGUGCUGUGAAUGAGAAAAUUGAAAGAGUUGUAUUUGUUGGGAAUUUCCUGCGAAUCAACACAGUUUCAACAAAGCUGCUCGCUUAUGCCAUGGACUUUUGGUCAAAAGGACAGUUGAAAGCCCUGUUUUUGGAACAUGAAGGUUAUUUUGGGGCUGUUGGUGCCUUCCUAGAGCUACUGAAGAUGACUGAUGACCUCUGAGGCAUUUAAGAACUCGUGAAUUUUCUAACCAGAAGCUGCUGUAAGAUGACAAGGAAAGCCUCCUCCUAUAACCAGGAAAAGCCAAGUCAGCUAUCUAAGUUGAUGCCUGUAUAAUUCCCUGUUUGAAAGCUUAACACAAGCCUAAUCUAGAUACCUAUAUUGGGUUUGGAGAGUAUUGUGUAUAUUUGCCACUAAAGAACGGUACAGUCUGCUGUAAAAUAAAAUGACAGUGGUUAUGUCAAUAGACAGUACCCAAUAAGCCAAAAUCUGCUGAUGUUUAGACUGAUGCUGAGAACUUCUGCAAAAUCCUUGUUGUGUUGUAUGUUUUAAUUAUGGAGUAGAACAUGACUUAAUAGAAGAAAUAGAUUCAAAGCGAUGUACUUUGUUUUCUCCUCCUUGUCUUAAGUCAUGGUUCUAUUAUAUUAUAGUCUUCUUAACCUUGUCUAAAAUGCAUCAGUGAGAUUUUGGCUAACUUUUCUGGUUUUAAAGGUCCAAUAAGUAAGAUUUUGCCAUUAACACUUAAUGGUAGAUAAUAUAACAGAAUAUUAAGGAAAAUGUGGCUAUCACUUCAUUGUCAUAGGGCUGAUGGCUGUAGUAAGAAGUGACUUAUGAUCUGGAGAGUUGACUCCCUUUUCCCUUCAUACUGACCACACUGAAUUACAUCCAGUUCACAUGUUGCAAAAAAAAAAAGUGUGACCAACCACGAUUAACAGUCAGUAAUAUGCAAUGUACAGCAAAGCUGAUAAUUCCCAGAUUAAGAUGUGAGCAUUAGCGUGAAUGUGCUCCGUAAACUAAAACACUGUGGUCCAGCAUUAGUGUACAAAGGACACCUAGACCUGAUCAUGAGGACAGAUUUGAGCAUAUUACUUAUUGGACUUUGACAUUUAUAUUUAAAAAGUUGUACAGUUUAAAUCGGUUCAGAAAAUCCAUAGGAUCGCUUAGCAGUAUUAGCCAAAUCAAAUCCACCUGAAGAUAUAGAAGCUAUACAUUUUGGGACCAAGAUUUUUAGUGUUUACUAAUCAGAUUUUUUUUGAUUUGUUAGAUGAGUGGUUGAUGCUGAUUCAUUCAACGGUAACAGUAUGCUUUAGUUUUAUCCCAUAGUCUGAGUGAUGGAUUGUUCACAGAAUGACUACUCCACUCAUAUGACCAUGAUUCUUUUUACAUUUGAGGUGUACUUACACUGUAAUAGAUGUUGGUUUUGUUUUGGGUUUUUUUGUCUCUAUUUAAACCAUAUUUUUGCAGAUUGUAUAAUUUUAGCUAUAGUCAUAUUUCUGGCAUUAUAUGAUGGUAUAAUAGUUUCACUUGAAACUCCAAAUUGAGCCUCUAAACAUGUCUCCUGCCUUUUUUCCCGCCUUUCCAACAAAUGCCUUCAUUGACCUCUCUGUACUUUUCUCAUUGACACACUGUAUGUUUCUUUUUAAAGAAUCCCUGUAAUGUACCUUUAACAUGAACCUGUAGCCUUCUCCAAAGCUCCAUGCAGCAGUAAGAGCAGUGCUCUGUUUGAAUGCGAGCUGUGAAACUUGUUCCUACAAGAAAGUGCCAGUAUCAAGCAGAUGAUUUGAUAUCCUUUUGAUGGAGCUGAGACUGUUGGGUUGGAAGAGGUCGGGGAAGUUAGAUAUUGAAAAUCUUGGUAGUCUGGGAAAUUGUCACGGUCACAAACACAGUACUCGUAUUGGGGUGGUUUGUCCUUACCUUCCUCCACCUUGUGUACAUGCAUUUGCAAAGAACGUGACAAAAUUUUAGUGGAUGCAGCAUAUCAGCAAUGCAAUUCUGCUGACCAACUUUGUAGUAUUUAAGGCAUAUAUACAGAGUGUUAAGCUGAUCGUGGUAAAUAAAGUCAAAUACUACUAAUAUUUUCAUGUCAUCUCAAAUGUCUAGUAUUCAGUCACCAGCUGUCAGCAGCCAUAUACCCAUGUGUGUCUAUUUAAAAUGCCUCAUGCUCAGUUGUAAUUGAAGGCACAUGGACUUUUAAGCUUCUGUAUACAUUGCAAUGCCAAUGGGAAUCAAGCAUUCCCUUUUAUUGUGUAGAGAUUUUAACCCAUAUGUGACGUUGGACCCAUAUGUGAUUUCCUGUUUCUUUUACACAUUUUUCUACUUCGUCCUCCCAUUACCUCUUCUUAGUCCUCAGAAUUGCCUUAUGCUGUUGGUCGCCAUUUUGACCUCCGAGUAUUUGUGUAUGCACGAUGGCAGUCCAGCACGACACUUUUCCGUUUCAAUCAAGUGUUACGGGGUGCCUUUUACUAAUGGAGACCAGAUUUUUAUUUGUGUAUUUUCUUUCUUCAUCUAGACGUCAUUCUAAAAUAUUAUUGUAAUGUGUUGAAUUGGUCUGUUCAUGUUUUUUUUUUUUUUUUUUUUUUUAUUCAGUUAAUUGAAUCCAUAUGUUUAGUACACACUGUUCUAAGCUGUAAAACUACACCAGGGAGAAUGAAACGUAUACAAAGCAGUGUGCGACAAGUUGAGGCACUACAGUCUUUCCCAUUAAUGUUGAAUAUGUGCUUUGUUUGUCUGCUUAAUGCAUGAAUAGUAGGACUCCUCAAGCAUGUUAUUUUUCUGUUUUCGUUAUUUAAUCCGAAGGAUUAUUCACACCAGCUUGUUUAGUCAUACUUAAUGCAUUAUCAUCUCAAACCUUUAAAGUAUUGACAUGAUUUAAUAAUAAAGUCCUUACAGAAUCUGGUCUUAUCUUUAAUAGACCACUGUUUGUUUCCUUUCAGCAGUAAUGAGUACAUCAUGUCUGAUCGUGUACCACAAUGUGCUUGGUCUCAGCUGUACGACGCACACCUUAUCUGAUAAAAGGCAGUAUGUGUGUAAUCGUCCUCUUCAGUGUUGUCACUCUGAUCUGGCAGUGUGUACACUCUGUUUACAUGUACUAGAGGGGGCCAGGACUUUUUUUUUCCCCCAUGUGGAAUGAACAGCUUAUUCCAACCUGCUCUAAAAGUUCAUGUUCUCACAAAUCUCUUUUGAUGUUUUUUUUCCAUUCAUUCUUCAUAUCUUCUCUGUUGUCAAAAGAUCUUGUGAAUACUUAUUAAAUGUGGUAAAUGGGUGAAAA